AUGGCACAUUUCCACUCUGCGAAACCAGUCUUAGAGCUUUUUGGCCUCGUGGAGAAUGCUGCAUCUGCAUCAUUGGAAACAGAAAAUCGGUCAUCAUCUUCGUCUUCUUCACUGUCAACAACAAAAGAGAUUGAAUCCAUGCUUUUCUCAAUUCAUUUCGGUACAGAUUUAUUUGCCGGAGCACUUGUUUCGGCACUUCCCUCGACAACAGCUGAUGAUUUACUCCUCAAAAGGAAAUCUCAGAACCCUUCAUUAGAUUAA